UAGCUAGGCUAGUCCGCUGGACUACGAAGAUGUCGUCCAGGAUUACCAUUUGCUAGCCUCUUCUACUUCAUACACCAACGCACUCGUGGCCUUGCCCGUGAGUCUGCAGAGCUUGAGACAUCCGAGUGGAAAGUUGGCGUUGGCCACCUCACGCCUCACCCGCGCGAGGACGAGAACACGAGGCCAUUGCCAGUCCAAGACAUGUGAGGUGAGUGACGCGAUAAGGUGAACUAGCUCGUCACUCUUUUCUACUUUCUAGUAACAGGUUUGAAUUUAUAUAAGAAGAGAGUGAAGGGACUUGUAAGCUCUGAAUCUUGGUGCUCCAUAUCAAGUAUCAACCGUGUCUUGGCUACAGCCUUGAACUCAAGGACAUGCGAGCACUUGCUAUGGAACCAGCCAACACAGCCAGCUAGGUAGAGAAGAAAAGAAUGGCAUUUUGAUAGCGAGUAUCUCUGCGAGUGAAUUGAAACCGUGCCGCCUUUCUUUCCGUUCGUGAAUCUGCCGUGGACUUGGACACGCGUUGCCUCUGCGCUCUGAGCACAACCCAGCUUUCUGCUUUGCGAGACUCGAAACCUGGUGUUGGUGUUGGUGAGCCAUUGUCAACCAAGUUCGAGGACCUACCACACGGCCCCUCAGCCUCCUCACCACCACUCAGAAUAAUACCCAAUAUCUCGGAAUUUGAGGCAGCUUUGAUUUUGCCAUAUCUAACUACGCUUGGCAGAUUUGUCCUAUCUCUGUCCCACGAGCCGAUUGCCUUAGACACGAAUACACGCGUUCCGAUACCAUAGCCCAAGACCAACUGUAGGUGGCUUCCUCUGCUGUGUAGAAUGCAACCGAUGCAGGAGAAAUAAAGGGCAAAUAGCAUAACUGGGACAAAGGAGAAAGGGCCAAGGGAAGGGAGGCAUAGACAAUUAUGUCUGCUCGUACUACGCGGCGCCAUCGUUCAUCGACCGUCGCAUCUUCCCCACCAGAGAGUACCAAGGCUACAGUUGAGCUCCAGCUCCUGCUAAACAACCUCUCUACCUCGACAUGUUUGUCCCCAAACGCUUCCUCCGAGACAUACCCAGAUUUUGUCACUCUGAUUGACCAAGCACAAUCUAUUCGCCAAUAUCUGGUCGCAUCUGCUUCUUCUUCCAGAGCAAACGAUGAUUUCCGGCACCUCCACGGUUUUCAGAUCCUCCUGGAUACUCUGCGUGCCUACUCGGGCUUCUACCACCCAUCCAAACGAGAUUUCAGAUCCAAGACACAAGUUUUUGAGCUAGUAGGGGUGAUUCUGCGUAUACUGGCACAAACCUUUCGAGAGCACUAUGGAAACCGCAGAUAUUUCCAGAGGAGGGUGGAAGGCGGCGGAUGGGCAGCUCUAGAACAGACGAUAGCCAGUAUAGGCAUAGGAGGAAGCGAGUCGGACGUAUGGGGCGAAGGCCAGUUGUUUGGCAGAUUGCUGGCUUUUGCGUUGGAUGAUAAGCGUUUUGAGGAACUGUGCGAGAAGGCUGCCGAACUACACCCAACCGGCCAAACAACCCCCUCACAUACCAUUAGCGAGGAAAUGGUGGACUAUUUUUCUCGUAGCGAAGAGGAGAUAGGGAAAAGCCCAUCCGACAACUCGGUUGAUGCUGAUGAGGAGGCCCGGAAACUGGUGGAUAGCAAACUCCAGGGCAUGAUCAGAGAAAGUGCUUUGCUUUACAAUGCAGAUGUGGUCCCUAUCAUCAUCGAUUUUUGGAAAGCUACUCCUCGCGCAAAAGACACGCCUGUGAACCCCGCAGCGCUAGUCGUGGUUUUGGCAUUGACCAAAAUGGUGGCCAUAUCAAGUCACAACCUCUUAGCUCUCCACGGUACGGGAAUCCUAUCAACUCUUCUUCCCCUUGCUUUCGAUGCCGACUCUCCACUGGCCGCUCCAGAGAGAAUGGCUGUGAAGAAUCUUUGCAGUUGUCUCAUAGCUAUUGGUAUCAGUACCUUGAACGAUGCCCAGUAUCUGAUUUGUAGCAAAUCACCUACUGCUACGGAUUUCCUUCUCCAGUCCUUGAAGGACUCAGACAGACCCGCUCAUAUUCAAUUUGAUUUAUCCUUGAAUGGAUAUGCAUCAGUAGAGCUACCUACCUUGGGCCGGUCUUUUCCUCCUCCUUCAAGUGCCCCCGGUUAUACGUUUGCAGCUUGGAUUUACAUUGAUCAUUUUGAUCCAAAUGCUCAUACGACCAUUUUUGGGGCAUUUGAUUCUACUCAAACAUGCUUUGUGCUUGCAUAUCUCGAAAAAGAUACACGCAAUUUCAUUCUCCAGACAUCCGUUACUUCAUCCAGACCGAGUGUGCGAUUCAAAUCAACUGCGUUCACAGAAAAACACUGGUACCACAUUGCUCUUGUUCAUAGAAGACCAAGAACCAUGGCUUCGAGCAGAGCAGCUUUGUAUGUGGAUGGAGAAUUUGUCGAACAAGUCAAGUGUCAGUACCCGGCUCCGCCUCCUCCAGCUCAUCCUGGCAACGAAAGUUUCUCUGCGUUCACUUCGUCACAUACCAAGUUGAACCCUGUCCAGGCUUUCUUGGGAACUCCGCAAGAUCUAUCAGCCCGUCUUGGAUCAGGGGUGAUAUUUUCCCGAUGGUCUUUGGCUUCUGCCCAUCUCUUCGAGGAUGCCCUCAGUGACGACCUUGUGGCGGUAUACUUUCGACUCGGGCCAAGAUACAACGGGAACUUCCAGGACUGUCUAGGCUCUUUUCAAACCUACGAAGCGUCGGCCGCUUUGGGUAUGCGCAACGAACUUAUGCAUCCUGGAAAAGAUGAGAGUUCAGAUAUCAUCAGUGCCAUUCGAGAGAAAGCCAGUAACUUGGUACCUGAAAGUCGAAUAUUACUGAGUAUUUUACCAUCAGCGGUGCUAGGGGAUGACGAUCGUCACAAGGUCAAUGAAUCCCAAUUACUUCGGGGACUCAACCGCAUGGCAUCCAACAAUCUAUUCCAACUCACUCAUAACAAUGGUACCUCCUUAGCAAUCAAUGCCGCAGUGCCUUCUAUAAACGAAGCACUGUGCCGAUCCCAAGGAACGGCCGUUAUUACGGGUGGUCCUGUCGUCAUUGUACCACAAUCGCUGGACAACACUCUUUGGCGGCUUGGUGGUUUCGCUGGUAUUGCACUCAAACUGGUAGAGGAUGCGAACACUUUGGAUGAGAUUACCAGAGCAGUGGAGAUCCUCUUCGAGGGCAUCAAGGACAGUUGGAGAAACAGCGAAGCCAUGGAACGAGAAAAUGGAUACGCCAUUCUAGCAGCUCUACUUCGAGGCAAAAUGGGGGUGGGUAUGGUGGUUUCGUCAAAGGGUGGCAAUGAUGAAUCCUCGUCUUUGAGUCCAGAGGACCGAGACCAGCUGGGAUUUCAACUUCUCAGCCUUGUACUUGGUUUUGCGGGAUACGACCACGAAACUCCAGAGGACUCAUUCAUCAUCAACCCACUAGCAUAUCGCAUCUUGCUCGUAGAUUUUGAUAUGUGGCGGAAAACUUCGUCAAUCACACAGAAGCUGUAUUAUAAACAGUUUGUUAUAUUUGGUGUGAAUAGUAAAUUUCAUCAAUUCAAUUCUCGUAGACUCUUUCGAAUGCGUAAGUCAUGUGCCCUUUCACUUGUCAGAUAAUUCUAACCAAAUAUAGGAAUCGUCAAAAGGUUUUUAGAUGCAUUAAAGGCCGACAACUUCCCCCGGGAAGUAUUUUCAUCCUUCAUGGAAGCUUUCACCAGUUUGGUAAAGACCAAUUUGACCGCAGAAAUACUGCGAUCACUUUCUUUAUUCAUCACAUACGCUUUUCAUAAACCAACCAGCUCAGCUGCCUCUACGUCACGAGCAUCGAAAGGAUUGGGUGGUACUCUUCCGACCCGAAGUAGCUCAAAAAGUGGCCCUAAAAGACCAACUAUCAACGUAUUUUUUGACGGAAAAGAUAUUGCACACGACUCCCUGUCCAAAAGAGAACUCGGCACGAAGAUACUCGAGAUGUAUGCGGGGAUUUUGUGUGAACCUGGGGGCAAUUUAAACAUUCGGAAAUUCGCUAGAACUGUGACAAACAAGGUAUGAUAAAUUCCAUCUCAAAUAAAUGCUUGUUUUUUAACAUCGAUAGUGGUUACUACAUCUCCUCACUGAAGACGAUCCAGAAGUUGUCGUACUGGGCACAAAGAUCCUGGCUCGACUUCUUGUUGUUCAUGGUUCAAGCUAUGUCACCAAAUUUGCACAAAAGACGGGUGGGUAUGCCAUCAUGCGCCAUAGGCUUAAACGUUGGUGGGACAUUUCCACCUUGUGGCCUAUCUGCUUUAGCAUUCUUUUCGGGCGUGAUGUUGCAGAUAUUGAUUUCGAGCAACCUUUCGAACUCUUCAGUCUGCUUGAGACUUUCGAAAAUUGCAAAAUUGUCUAUCCAGGCGUUUUUCCGGUAAUUACUGCGAUGCUACAAACUGGCCUCAAGGAUAUACUUCGUACGCAAGAUGAUCCGGACUCGCCAUUAGCUGAGCGUGCUGCCCACCAGGAACAGAAAACAACCCUAGGUGUCCCUACUGGUCAUGUUCGACGAAGGUCGAUGUCUCUGACAAAGGAGUUGGAAGUCCGACGUAAGUGUACUCCUCUGUAGCCAUUGUAAAUAUUCUGACCCGCGGUGAUAGAAACUCAUCAAACAAGACAAGUUCGCGUUGGUGGCCAAGCCACCGUGCUUCAAACUGUCAUACGAUUCUUUGCAGAUCUACACGGGAAGUCUUCAGAGUUCCGGGACUUUGCUGUAUCCUCGGAUUACAUUAGAUUGCUCCUUACUGUUCUUUUUCCGGUGGUUGUCAGUACGGAUGAGGUCCAAGCGGAAACCGAACUAAACUCUCGCGAUUCGGCCCUGACGUUCGAUGGCCAAGAUGUUAUGAUUCGUCCCAUAUCGCGUUCUACGACUACCCCAGCCACAAUGGUUCGAACUUCGACGGUAGAAACUCUACUUCCACCAAGUCCAACGCAACCUCGAGCCAAACCUUUAAGACGAGGUUCCUCAUUCAUUUUAUUGACAUCAAGGCCAUCUGAAUUCAGCCCAUCUUCUGCCAGAUUGAAUCUUGUCAUGUCACCCAAGAAGAAAGUUACAGCCCAAAAGAUUAGCAAUGCUCUUGUAGAGGGGCUUCUUGAGCUUGUGGUCAAUGUAUUUAUUGAUCAAGUUAUGGCGCGAAAGGAUUUUCAAGGCUUUGGACUUUUCAUGAAAGUACCACCAGGCUUUCAAGAGCACCAAGCAUAUUUUGAGUCAUAUUUGCUGCGUAAUACCAUAUCGGAGCUCAAUAACACUAUUCAACUUGAUCAAAAGUUAUUGUGGGAGACAAGAACUCUACAAAACAUGACUCGAUUUGCUACACACAUGGGAGAGGCGAUAUUUGAAGGAUGGUUCCUUGGAGGCGCGGAUCCACUGUUGGAUUUUGCUGGCACCACACUGGAAUACUUGCAGCGACCGGAGGUUGCGAAGAUCAACAACGUUCGACUUUGCAGUCCAGCCAUCCUUACAAUCAAGACAGUCUUCUUGAGAGUUGUCCUGUUGAGACUUUCGGACUUGGACAAUGAACAAGUAUCUGAAGACGAGGCAGUGUCAUUCAUCGAAAAACUACACUAUUGGCAAACCGUAAUGCUUUCCCCCAAUGGUGGCGAGAAAACUCCUGGGGAAGAUGAGUUUCUUCGACUCAUUUGCUACCAACUCUACAUCAAGUUGGUAGAUUCCAGAGAGCGAGUCCGCCUGGCGGCUGCGAAUUUGUGGCGUAUCAUUCUGGUACAAAAGCCAGAAGAGACCUCGGCCAUGUUCCAGCAUGCAGUAUCAAAUGAGCACAAGAAUCUAUCAUCUGAUUUCAAAAAGUUAAUGGAGCUCGAUAACGAAACAUUUGUCGACUGGGUUGACACACAGCGCGCAGAAUUAGACGCUCUCUUCUUCGGAGUCAUGUCUAAAGCAUGGGAAAGUUUUGUGAGUACAGAAAACCAGAAGACUGAGGAUACGGCGAAGAAUCGAAUAGCGAAACGCCGGGAACGAUUGAGACAUUGGCAUUCGCAGGAUGUCAAUGACAACCAAUUCAUAUUCCAGCACGAUUUAGCAACCACCUCCUGGAUGAAAAACAUCUAUGCCGCAGAACAUCUUAAGCAUCAGCGUGCGCAACAGGAUCAACAGGAUAACUUUAGUUUCCUGGCUUCCGCAUUCACCAAGAUGAAUCGUGAGCUUCUUCGUCCUUGCGCUGUAUUUGACAGACAAGCGCCCACGAAGUGGAAGUUGGAUCGAACUGAAGGGCGCAAUCGCAUGCGCCUCCGUAUGCUACCUGAUCGUUCUGGUCCAAUGUACGAUUAUCAACCUAAGCGACGAAUCACCGAUGCAGGAACGAAUGGAAACGGGAAUUUGAAACUGGAUUCAAAGGCAGCACGGCCACACGCCUUGAGCAUGGGAACGACACCAUCAGUUGCCAAGCCCUUGUUGGAUUUCGAUGCCCAAGUCGACGCGCGACCUAAGAUUAGCGAAGGUACUGAACCUCCUGAAGGCACCGUGAUUCCAGAGGAAGACUUUGAGAUCGUGGAUGGUCCAAACGAACCCGGAGAAGGCGAUGAGCACUAUGAGGAUAAGAAUCGCAAAGUCAUGCGAAGCCUUCAACGAGGCGAUCAAGUUCAACAUGUGUUCAAUAUUUCUCGCAUCAUUGGUCUUGAAGCCUGUGAAGGAUUGUUGAUUAUCGGGAAAGAUUCCCUUUACCUAAUCGAUAACGUCUUCCAAAGAGCUGAUGGAGAAAUCGUCAAUGUAUACCAAGCUCCACCAGAAGAACGGGAUCCCUAUUUGCAAAUGAUUGCUGGCCCACCUGGUCCCAAAGCAGAAAACAAGGGGACCCCCCAGCCAAUUCGAGCUGAUCAGGAGUCCAGAAGUUGGAGGUGGAAUGAUGUGCUCAGUAUAUCCAAACGUCGUUUUUUGUUUCGUGAUGUUGCUAUCGAAGUAUUUUUUACCGACGGUCGAAGUUAUCUCCUGACAGCUAAUAAGCCUGCAAUCAGAGACGAUCUCUUCUCCAAGCUGUCUACCAAAGCUCCACAUGCCAGUGGUAGCUCGAGCCUACCAAAUCCAGAGGACAGCUGGCGACUUGAGUCCCUUAGAGUCACGGAGGAGGCCCCCGUGUCAUUUGGUUCAAAGUUUGGAAACAUCUUCAACUCUUCUGCUUGGAAUCCAGCGAUGAGAAGAUGGGCAAAGGGAGAAAUCUCAAACUUCCACUACUUGAUGCUUGUCAAUACCAUGGCAGGACGGACCUUUAACGAUCUUACUCAGUACCCCGUCUUCCCUUGGGUUCUUGCAGAUUAUACUAGUGAAGAACUGGAUUUGGAUAAUCCUGCCUCGUAUCGAGACUUGUCCAAGCCAAUGGGUGCACAACACAACUCGCGAGCAGCUGACUUUAUCGAAAGAUACAAGACUUUUGCCGAUAUGGGAGAUCAAGCACUUCCGGCAUUUCAUUACGGUACUCAUUAUUCCUCGGCUAUGAUUGUCACCUCAUACCUCAUCCGCCUUCAGCCCUUUGUCAAGUCAUUCCUGUUGCUUCAAGGAGGCAAUUUCGAUCAUGCAGAUCGUAUGUUCUACUCCAUCCAAAAGGCUUGGCAAUCCGCAUCUAAAGACAACAUGACCGAUGUUCGUGAACUCAUCCCUGAAUUCUUCUACCUCCCGGAAUUCCUUAGCAACCAAAACGAAUACAACUUCGGUACCCGCCAAAGUGACGGUGGCUCCGUAGAUUCUGUCCAACUCCCUCCCUGGGCAAAGGGUGAUCCUAAGAUUUUCAUCGCUAAACAUAGAGAAGCACUAGAAAGUCCCCAUGUCAGCAAACAUUUACAUCAAUGGAUCGAUUUGAUUUUUGGAUGUAAACAACGCGGCGAAGCAGCUAUUGAAAGUGUUAAUGUGUUCCAUCACCUCUCCUACCAUGGUGCUACAAAUUUGGACGAUAUCCCCGAUGAAGAAGACCGAAAGCGCACCAUCAGUAUCAUCCACAAUUUUGGACAAACGCCUUACCAAGUAUUCUCUCGUCCUCACCAAGCCAGGGACGAAGUUAGAAAUCGGAUACGAAGACUUGAUACAAGUGCCGACUCGCUCACACGUCUACCCUUCCCUCUCAUCGAAAGCAACGAACGAGUCGCUUCCCUCAUCUACUCCGUAAAGUUGGACAGAUUACUCUGCGCCACCUCAUUCAGAUUGAACCUUCCACCUGCUUACGAUAAGUUCCUAGAAUGGGGGUUCGCAGAUAACUCCGUCCGCUUCUACUUUGCCGACCGCGAAGGCCGCAAGCUCGCAGGUCUCUUUGAGAACCUCCAUCAAGGACAACUAUCCGCUGCCAUCUUCGCCUCAUCGCAGACUCUCAUUACAGCAGGCGAAGAUUGCGUCCUCUCUGCUCACCAGGUCCUCACAUCCCCAGGUAAACCAGUCGACCUCCAACCCCGCGCCUCACUCUUCGGACACAAAACUCCCGUCACCGUCUUAGCUGUCUCGAAAUCCUUCUCUACCCUCCUGUCAGCUAGCAUCGACGGCACCGUUCUGCUGUGGGAUCUUAACCGUCUCGAGUUUGUCCGCAAGCUGACGGGCGGCAGGGGCGGACCCGUGGAGUGCGCAGCGAUUAACGAUGUUACUGGGGAUAUCCUCCUCUGUCGCGGUCAGAUGGUCACAAUCUUCACCUUGAACGGGGAGAUGGUACUAGAGCAGAAUGUCUGUGAGCGCGCAGAGGGGGGACGUGAUGACUUUGUCGGGUCCUGUGCGUGGUAUGAGGGAAUGGGGAAUGAGUGGGUGGAGCGCGACUUAGUCUUCACGGGCCAGAAGAGGGGGGUGGUCAAUGUGUGGCGGAAGGUCGUUGUAUCUACCCCCUUCGCAAAUUCUCACUCUUCUGCUUCCCCCUCCAAGGCUGCCAAUACAAAUACGAAUCCCGAUCCCAUUGCGCAUCCUGCGGCCUGGAAACUCGAACUGGUUAAAAGACUCGAGACGGGCGAUGGAAGGAAUGGUCAGGGCACCGCGAUGGGAGGCAAGGGAAAUGGUAGUAGGGGGAAUGGGGAGAUGGCGGCGGUUACUUGUAUUAGACCGAUGGCGCAGUGUUUGUAUACUGGGGAUGAGGAUGGGAGGGUGGUGAGUUUUACAUUUUUCUUUGUUUUUUUCCUUCCCCCCCCCCCCCCCNCCCCCCCUUUUUUUACUGAGAGAGAGAGAGAGUGUGUGUGUGUGUGUGGGUAGUUGGUGGUGUGGUGUUAGGUGAUUUGAAACUUUGGCUAAUGGAUUUACAGUAUGAAUGGGAUCUUGUUCAACGGGAACGUUGAGGAGGUACGGUGGGAAACGGGACACGAGAUACGAGAGAUGAUGGAUUAUGGAUUUGGGUGUGUGGAAUAGUUGGUUUUCGAGAUGCUAGAACGGGGAUGGGAGGGUAGAUACUGGUUAGGUUGUUCUUGAUUCAGUUCUCUAAAAUGGGAGGAUUUGUGUUGUGAUUCUAUGCUGGGUCUGUGCUGCUGCGUAAAAAGGAAAGAAGAGAAAACGAAACGAAAGGAUUUUUAUAAAGGUUUCAUGGCUGAUUGAUUGAUUGAUUGAUUGAGCGAGCUUCUGUUGGUAGAUGGGUAGAUGGGUGGAUGGGUAUAUGGGUAGAUGGGUGGUGAAGACCUCUUUUUUUCAUUUUUUGCUUGUGAUGUUUUUUGCGGCUGGGCGUUUUUUAGGGUAUAAGAGUGUUAGGGUUGUGGGUUGUGGGUUGGGGGGUUUGAUGAGGUUACUAUAAUGAAUUAUAUAAAAUAACAUGAAAUGAAAUGAAAUAACAUGAAAUGAAAUGAA